UUGCUGAGGAGUAAGCUAAGGACGAGCCAGCAAGCCAUUCUUACAAAAAACUUUGGCGAAGAAAGUUCAAAGUUGAAGUCCCUGAGAUUUAAUCUGACUACAAUUGAAGCUGCAACUGAUAAGUUUUCUCCCCACAAUAGAAUUGGCAAAGGUGGAUUUGGACAUAUACAAGUUCUUCAUGGCGGACAAGAAAUAGCUGUGAAAAGGCUCUCGAAAAAUUCUGUACAAGGAGCAUUAGAAUUUAAGAAUGAAGUUUUGCUGAUAGCCAAGCUCCAACACAGAAAUCUAGUCACCUUGUUGGGAUUUUGUUUGGAAGAACAAGAGAAAAUUCUUGUUUAUGAAUAUGUUCCUAACAAGAGCAUUGAUUUCUUUUUAUUUGAUUCUGAAAAUCAAAGACAAUUAAAUUGGCUGGAACGAUUCAACAUCAUUGGUGGAAUUGCUCGUGGACUUCUUUACUUACAUGAACAUUCUUGUCUCAAAAUUAUUCACCGUGAUCUUAAACCAAGUAAUGUUUUAUUAGACAGCAAGAAGAAUCCAAAAAUAUCAGAUUUUGGCAUGGCAAAAUGGUCCACAAUAGACCAAGAUCAAGAAAAUAUAAACAGAAUUGUUGGAACAUAUUCAUGGCUAUAUGUUCCAGAAUAUUUAAUGUACGGACAAUUUUCAGAGAAAUCAGAUAUAUUUAGUUUUGGAGUUAUAAUCUUAGAGAUAAUUAGUGGCAAAAGGAAUGCUAGAUCUUCUGAAUCACACCUCUUGACUCAUGCUUGGAAGCAAUGGAAUGAGGGAACGCCAUUACAAGUAUUGGACUCAUGUCUAAUGGAAUCUUGCUCUCAGGCUGAAGUAAAAAGAUGUGUGCAAAUUGGGUUAUUGUGUGUUCAAGAAAAUCCAGAAGAUAGGCCAACAAUGUCUCAAACUGUUUCAUAUCUCGGUAAUCCUUCCAUUGAAUUGCCACCUCCAAGAGAACCAGCAUUCUUCAUGCGUAGCAGACAAAAUCCAAGUGAAAAUACUGCAACAGAAUCACUUUUGGAUCAAUCUUCUGCGAAUCCAAAUCCGUUCUCUUUGAAUGAAAUGUCUAGGACUGAACUUUUCCCCCGAUAA